AAUUCAAUCUUAUUUGCAAAUUUUUGUUUAUUUACCCUACAUAUGUUUCUUUCGUCCGUUUGUUUUCUUGAUUUACAUAAAAGGGAUUACAGUUUGACGAAACUUUUAUUGGUGUUUAAUAAUAGCUACGCGUUUAUCAGCUCCGAUUGUUAAGUUCUUUCUGUCGCUCUUUUUGUUAUUGUUCUUGUUUUGACGUAAAUCGUUGGUGUGCAAAGAAAGAUAUAAAUAAUCUGCAAUCAGUGGUGUUUAUUUCAUUCAGUGAUAUCGUCAAAGAACUGUCGAUUUGAAAAUCCGUGCAAAAAAGAGGAUUAUCGUAUUGUAAAGUUGCUUGUAAGUGUGUGGUUUAAUAUAUAAUAUUUGUGUGCUCCAAGAGAGAACCAAGUUGAGUGCACUCGUGGCCGAUAAUCCCGCGAGUUUUCAGUGUAGACUGCAUCGACUGCGAGAAAAGGGAGAAGAGAGAAAGAAAGAGAGAGAGAGAGAGAGAGAGAGAGACACACACACACAUACGCGCGCAAGACACAAGUACUCGUAUAUAGAGUCGCGCGAGGCAGAAAAGGAGCAACGAUAUAUAGUCUCUGCGAGGGCGAAGAAUAUAGAAGAGAAAGAGAGAGAGCGAAAAACGCGACAUAAGAAGAAUAGAAGCAGCAGCAGAAGCAGAUUCGUUGGAGCUCUGUAUUCAAGAGAAGCAAGUCGGAGCGAAUCAACAGGUGCUUCCCGGAUGGCGCCAAGGUGCUCGACGCCAAUAUGACGACAGAACUGCAGCCACCUGGUUAUCGUGGUCAGCAGCAGCAACAGCAACAACCCGACGAGCAGCAGCAAAUUUUAGCGGUCAGCUCGACGACCAGCGCCAAUAACAAGCACUAUCAUCGCCAGCAGCAGUUGGCCUACAAUAACGGCGUCAACGACAAUUACGAGGAUCGGCCGUUUAACGUGAAAAAAAACGCGCCUGGUUACAAAAAUGAUAGCGGGUACAGCGAGAGCUUGGGUUUCGAGAGUUUCAGUGUACCAAUCAGCGAACGAGACGCGACAUCACCACCGCCAAUUCCUCCGGUGCGCGACUUAUCGAGCCUCAAGCCAACUCACGACAAGUAUCCCUCUUGGCCGGCCAACGCUUGUUAUCCCAGCAACGGCUGCGGCCCCGAGGAGCAGCAGCAGCAUCCAGUACAGCAGCAACAGCAGCAGCAACAGGUAGCAGUGGCGCAAGAACAGAUUCCGGUGUCGCCGACCGCUGGUCCUCCACUUCAAUCUACGAAAAAUUGGACCGAACAGACGAAUUAUCCGAAAGAGAAGCAACAGCAACAGAGAACCGCGACCAAGAGGCCGAACUCGAGUUACACGCAACAGUUGAAAACGGUCGUGGAGCGUUGCGAGAAGAGCCACGCCGGCGGUUCAAGGCCCAGUCAAGGCGGUAACGCCACCAAGCUGCCAGCGAUGAGGCUGCCGGCGCCUAUCGAGUCGUCCAAGACGACGACGGCCCUCAGGCCGGCCGAUAUCGAGGCUUACGCGACGAGUUACCAGGAUCCGCAGCUCAUUCAGGUCCCGCUCUACGGAGAGACCGAUUUGAUGGCCGCCGACCCGUCCAGCAUGGACGACUACACGACGGUGCAGCACUCGCAGCAGGCGAGCUAUGCCCAAUCCGAGGGAUAUCACAGUUACGUGUCCAGCGUCGAUUCGACCACGACGACGACUCCCUUCUUGGACAGGUUGCGGAGAGAUAGCGAAGCCGUUCAGCGACCAACUAUUGGCGGGUGGGAGGAGAGCUCAUCGUCUCGGGAAGGCCGAGAUAGCGUGGUGACCACGUCCUCGGGCAGCGCGUCGAGCUCGGAAACUCUCAAAUGGCACGGUUCCAUGUCGGACGUAAGCGUCUCCUCGGGAAUGCCGGCGUCGACGAUUUCCCGAUCGUCGAACAUGACCCAUCCGUCGGAGCGCUGGACCAGCGCCGGCUCCAUGACCGAUUUGAGCAGCAUCAACGGCAGCAGCACGUCAGCCUCCAAGAGCGGCGACGACCAUCACCAGCACUCUGCUCAUCAGCAUCGAAAUCAUCUGAUACCGCCGCAGUGGCUGAACCCGACCAGCUGGAAUCAGGCGGUUUCCAAGAGCUAUCACUCGGUCGCCGAUCCGAGAUUGAUGGGCGACGACGACGCGAGCGUGCAAGAUUGGGAUCAGCCGCCUACCGUGCACAGCUCCUUGUCGGAUAUUCGGCAGGACACGCAGGGUGGCCAGCCCUCGUCGCCGCAGACUCCUACGUCGCCGUCGACGUCGAGUGCCGCGAGCAAACAGCUCAUAGCUCACAGUUCGAGGGUCCAGACGCCACAGAGACAUCACUCCGAGAGCGUACUGUACUUGGACCGAGAAAGAAAUCAGAGAAAGCUAUAUCCCGUGAGCACGACGAAAUUGGACGAGAAGGAAAAUAUAACGAGGAGUCCUCCGGCGUCAUCGAGCCCGCCGCAGUCGGCUAUCCCAACGGUGGCCGAGCGCGUCAGCGAGCUCGAGAAGCAGCAGAUGCGCUACACGUACCUGGACCCGGAGAAGCGCCUUCGGGUCUCCGAUCCCACUCUCAAAGCCAUACAGAAAAAGGCUCUGCUGUCUUUUUACGAGCGACACCAGCAGCACCAGCAACAGGCCUCGUGGCGCUCGGAACCGCAAUUGAAUCCGGAAAAGUCGUUUUCAUCGUCGCCGCCGCAGCAGAGCAGUCCACCGCCCCCGCAACCGCCACCUCGACCUCGGCCUUUGAGCGCCAGGCGGGCUUCCAGUGCAUCGGAUUACGCCGCCGCCAGGAAGGAAAAAACAGCCAGUGGAGGAUCGCCAGUUGACAAUCAACAUGCAGAAUCUCAUUGCAAUGGUGCUACGACCUCUGAGGGGGUAGUAGGAGAAGUAAUUUUGGAACCAAGACACCAACACAGUAAUAGCUGUGGAAGUCUAUCAUCUGAUCUCGUUGGACCGGUCAUCAUCGGUCCUGCGAUUUCCAUUGACGAUUGGGUACCCGAGCGACCACCUAAGAAACCACAUUUAAGAGCUGCAUUCAGCGAGAGGCUUCCAAGUCCAGAUUUGCCACCACCAUCGCCACCAAUGGUUACCGAAGUCGAGGUGAAUAAUCCUGAUGCUCCAUUGCCACCACCGCCACCAGAAAUUUCUCAAGAUCGUAAUUCUGAGAUGCAAAGAUCCAGUCGAAAGUUGGCAGAUAAGGGAAUAGAUUCACACACACAAUUCAAAGUGAAAGAAGCUCAGCAACAAGUGAUGAAUGAAAAAGUGGUUGCGAUGGGUAAAUCCUCCGCCGAGAGCAGACCAAACGUUUUGGCUGAUUUAUUGGCACAGAAGUAUUCUGAUUCUGGCUGUCAACGAGCGUCUCCUCAAGUACCAGUUGUGUCAAGCAAUGGCAUUCCACUCGAACACAAUCAAGCAUUGACGCGGAACUCGCCGAAUAGGCAGAGUCGAACCAGUCCACAAGUGGCCAAAAGUGCUCCGAUCAAGGGUAACGUCUUACCUUCAACAACGAGUCCGAUUACCAGCCGAAAUGGCGAUGCCUCCAAGAGAAAUAAUCUAGCCAAGUAUCAGACGAGAAACUAUUUAGCACUGCCUCCCAAGUAUACGGAAGCGCCAGGAAUCCCAUCAUCGCCAGAUUCACCACCGCCGUUAGCGCCUAGAAUUAGCAACGCAAAAAAAAUCUCGCCACCACCAAGACCUGCGCCUCCUAUUCACAAUCGAGGAAGUCAAUCCAAGGCCUCCUACUUGGCGUAUCGUCGGGAACGCGGUGCUCCGGAGUGCGGAGGUAGCUACAAGCGCACCAUGUCGCCCAACGCGCGCGUCGACGAUCCCGUCCUUCUCAAAGUCACGCAACAGCAGCAGCAACUCAACAAUUCGACGUACACGGUCUCGAGCAACGGUGGCAGCAACAGUCCCCUCAACGGCUCCUAUCAGCAGCAGCAGCAACAAUCGUCGUCGUCGCCACCCACGACGAGGCAUCAUCAUCAGCCGCAGAAUCAUCAUCAUCACGAGCUCGGCAAGUCCCAGAGCUCCGACGCCCUGCUGGCCGGGCGCAAAUCCGAGGAGAACGGCAAGCAGCAGCAGAGGCUGUCGCCCCAGAGCGUCGAGGCGCUCAACGACAGGAACAGACAGCUGGAGCGCGAGAGGCGAAAAUUGGCCGCCAGCUGCGAGCCACGAUUCGCCCAUUACUAUCGCGAGCACGCCGAGACCAUCGAGAUGACCUCGCAGAACGUGGAGAUGCUCAAUCGGAAAAACGAGAGGCAGAGGCUGGCCCCGAUCAACGUCACUUAUAGCGUAAACGGCACUGACUCGAAUAGUCCACCGCCAUCGCCGCCACGAGGAAUACUGGAUAGCCAAGGUGUGAGCCUGUCCUCCGGAAGCAACUGCAGCAGCAGCCUGGCCCUCACCGAAAUUCUCUCGGAUCGAUCUCAACUUCAAGUGUCCAGUCCGACGCAGACCGACAAUAACUGGAACGGCACGCAGUCGCUUUGGAACGCCGCGAAUCGUGGCCUCAACGACUUUUCCAGAACGCCGACCGCUUGGAGUAUCGCGAGUUCAAGCAGUCAGGGCUCAAGCCUGUCGAAUGGCUCGGCUCAAUCGACGUCUCCGUGCAGAUCGGCUGCGACGCCAACUAGAUCGACGUGGCAGUCGUCGCCGGCGUCGCCUCGGGUCUCGCCGCAGCCCGAAAAUCGGCAGUCCAACAAAUCCAGUUCCAAGGGCAACGCGUCUACCAACGACGUAGCGUCCCAAACUGAAGAGCUGGAAAAAUCCAGCGACGAGAAGGAGGAAAAAGAGAUGGAAAGUCUGGCCGAGGGAAGAAAGAAAACUCAGGCAGAACUCGACUGCGAAGAGCUCAGCAGAGACUUAGCCGAGAAGUUAGCACCGAAUGAUAAACUAUUGCCAAUUUUAGUUCCAGGACCGGAGCACAAACAGUCAACGGAUUACAUUGUCGACCUGUUCAGGGUAGACUCGGCUCCGCAACCACGUUCACGGCCCAAGUCGAUGAACGAAGAGCCGAUCGCAGCAGACGAAAAGCCAGAAAAAGAGUCAGCAUCAACAAUAACAACAACAACAACAACAGACGGCGAAAAGAAAAAGAUUGAGUCGCUACCAGCUACAUUACUGUCGCCAGCGGCAUUGGACACUGAGAGCAGUCCUCUAUCGACUAAAUCGAGCAACUGUCUCGCGACGGCGGAUAGCAAAGCUCGAUUCCUCGACAGAAUGUCGACAGAACAAAUACCGGAGAACGAGUCGAAUGGCCUCGAGUUAACCGGUAGCGCUAACAGAUUGACGCCCGAUGAUAAUGCCGAGCUGCAGCAGAAAAAGGAGGAAUUGAUGGUUCGCUUGGAUAAGAAGUUGGUGGUUUUGCGCGCCGAGCAGGAUGCCGUGCGCGAGGAAGAAGAGCUCAACGAAGCUUUGGGAGCCCGAUUAGCCGAAAAAGUCUCGACUCUCCUUGAUCCCAUUGAUUUCGUUAAGUAUCAAUUGCACGUCGAAGAGAUCGGCGAAAUUACGAGUUUGCUUCUCGGUCUGAGCGGUAGACUCGCCUUAACAGAAAAUAUUCUCUACGGCAUGGAAUCGGAUCAACCCGAAAAGAAAACUUUGGAAAUCAAGCGUGACAGAUUGACCGACCAACUGGAGGAGGCGAAGAUCCUCAAAUUGCAAGUCGAUCGUCGCAGUGCGUCGUUGUCUAAUUUACUGGCCAAGUACUUGGACGACGAAGAAAUAGAUGAUUAUCAACAUUUCAUCAACAUGAAAGCAAAAAUCAUCAUAGACGCGAAUCAGAUUCAGGACAAGGUGAAUUUAGGUGAAGAGCAACUGGCUGCCCUAAAGGAGGCUAUUGACCUUUGAGUUUUAUUGUAGUGCAAAUAUUAUUUUCAUCUAAAAAGGUGAAUUAUAAUGAUGGAACAUUUCAGUGCCUAGUCCUUUGCGCGUUCGUCCGAAUUGAACUGUAAUUCACGCAGAAUAGAAGAUAAUGUGUCAGCGAGGAAGAUAACUUGUAAAUUGUAAAAUUUAAACUGUAAAUAUUGUAUUUAAGUUAAUAUGCGUACAGUGCAAUAGUUUCGUUCAAAAAAUACGGGCAAUGGAAAAUUGUAACUUUUUUCUCGGUGCAAUUAUAUACGACUGACUCUGUCCAGGAUGGAUCAUGCAACAGUUUUUUAUACCCAAUAUUACUUCACCACAGUUUCAUGAUUGAUUGACAACAUUUGUUUUCGUUUUUAUUUUUAUAUUUUAACGACGAUUCAUCCUGAUUAGGCUAUUGUAAAGCAUAUGAAAAAAUGAUAAUUGUGAUACAGAAAAAUGUUGAAGAGAAUUGAAUUUUUUGUAAGUGUAUAUAUUCUAAGGUAUCGCGAAAAACAUUGGAAGAUUAAUUUGUGAACGAACUUUGUAAAUACAGUAAAGAAUUUAAGAUUAAUUUUAUUAUUUUAAAUUAAACCGUAGCUAGACAUGUUUUUCUUACACACGAGCAUUAUAAGCCUCGCAUUUAGAGUGUGUAUUGUAUGUAUUAUUUUACGUGUUUCAACCCGGAUAUCUUAGGAGAAUCCGUAGACGCUUGUGAUCUUUAUUUACUCUGUGAAUAUAAAUAAUUGCUUAGGUAUGUAUUGAAAUUUUUAGUAAGGAAUCUUGGAAUUUUACAUAUUUCCACACAGGGGUUCAACUCCAGAUUAAUUUGGUUAAAAUUUUAUGCCAUGGUUUAAAAUAAUUAUAAGCGUGGUUGACUCUCUCUUCGUUGAGUGGUACUUUGUUAUAUCUCAAAAUGAAGACGAGGUUUUAAAUUUAUUUACCCUAAGCAAAUCCUCUGGACUUUUGCGAUUGAUAAUGAAAAAUUUAUCAAUGUACUAAAACAAAAGUCAUAGGACG